GGCGGGAGUGGCACCUCUUCCCUCCUCCUCGCGUUAGUUCCGGUCGCAGAGGAGACUCCGCCGCAGCUGCCGCCGCAUCGGGGAUUUCUGGCUCUUUUCUCUUCGCCUUAAAUUCGGGUGUCUUUUAUGAAUAAUCAAAAGCAGCAAAAGCCAACGCUAUCAGGCCAGCGUUUUAAAACCAGAAAAAGAGAUGAAAAAGAGAGGUUUGACCCUACUCAGUUUCAAGACUGUAUUAUUCAAGGCUUAACUGAAACUGGUACUGAUUUGGAAGCAGUAGCUAAGUUCCUUGAUGCUUCUGGAGCAAAACUUGAUUAUCGCCGAUAUGCAGAAACACUCUUUGACAUUCUGGUGGCUGGUGGAAUGCUGGCUCCAGGUGGUACACUGGCAGAUGACAUGAUGCGUACAGAUGUCUGUGUGUUCGCAGCACAAGAAGAUCUAGAGACCAUGCAAGCAUUUGCUCAGGUUUUUAACAAGUUAAUCAGGCGCUACAAAUACCUGGAGAAAGGUUUUGAAGAUGAAGUAAAAAAGCUGUUGCUGUUCUUGAAAGGUUUUUCGGAGUCAGAGAGGAACAAGCUGGCUAUGUUGACUGGUGUUCUUCUGGCUAAUGGGACACUUAAUGCAUCCAUUCUUAAUAGCCUUUAUAAUGAGAAUUUGGUCAAAGAAGGGGUUUCAGCAGCUUUUGCUGUAAAGCUCUUUAAAUCAUGGAUAAAUGAAAAAGAUAUCAAUGCAGUAGCUGCAAGUCUUCGGAAAGUCAGCAUGGAUAACAGACUGAUGGAGCUUUUUCCUGCUAAUAAGCAAAGCGUUGAACACUUCACAAAGUAUUUUACUGAGGCAGGCUUGAAAGAGCUUUCGGAGUAUGUUCGGAAUCAGCAAACCAUUGGAGCUCGUAAGGAGCUUCAGAAAGAACUUCAAGAACAGAUGUCCCGUGGUGAUCCAUUUAAGGAUAUAAUUUUAUAUGUCAAAGAGGAAAUGAAAAAAAACAACAUUCCAGAACCGGUUGUCAUUGGUAUAGUCUGGUCAAGCGUAAUGAGCACUGUGGAAUGGAACAAAAAAGAGGAGCUUGUAGCCGAGCAAGCCAUCAAGCACUUGAAGCAAUACAGCCCUCUACUUGCUGCCUUUACUACUCAAGGUCAGUCUGAGCUGACUCUGUUACUGAAGAUUCAGGAGUAUUGCUAUGACAACAUUCAUUUCAUGAAAGCCUUCCAGAAAAUCGUGGUGCUUUUUUAUAAAGCUGAAGUCCUGAGUGAAGAGCCUAUUCUCAAGUGGUAUAAAGAUGCACAUGUUGCAAAGGGGAAAAGUGUCUUCCUUGAGCAAAUGAAAAAGUUUGUAGAGUGGCUAAAAAAUGCUGAAGAAGAAUCUGAGUCUGAAGCUGAAGAAGGUGACUGAAUAUUGAAACUACACCCUCAGUAAAGCAAACAGGAGUUGUAGAUAAAAUGUCAUGUCUCAUGUGUCCUGGUUCUUACAUCUUCCUACCUCCCUAUAUCAAGCAUGAUAUAAGGGCUUUCAUGGCAAAUUUUAUUUUAACUAUUUCUAUGGUUAUUGAAUUUAGUUUCUAAAACCAUGUUUUAAGUAGCUACAGGAGCUAUAAAUUUGAAUCUAAUGUUGCAUUAGUCGUUUCAGUUAUCUUCUACCUCCUGUAUUUUCUACUGUAAUAAUGUAAUGUAAGGCCUUCCACAAUGAACAGAGUUCACUUUAUUCCCUGGGUUUUCUAUAUGAACAGUUUUCAAGAUAUGAUUUGGUUAAAAAUAAUUUGUUAUAAAAAUUCUGUUUGCAAAUUAAACUGUAAAAGUCUCCAAGUCUCAAAAGGCAAUGAUUUGUGUGAUAAUUUGGAAUGCCCAGAGCCCAAGUCCUCAAUGAAAAUCACAUACACACUAAUUGAAUUCAUUAACAUGAAUUUUGAUUAUUUGGAUCAUGGGUUUUAUGUUAACAUUUUCUCCCAUUUUUAGUCCAAGAUGCCCUUAAGUGCUAUCAUUUUCUCUCUGGUUAUUAUCCUUAGUGAAGCCGGAGAACAAACUUGAAAGGUUUGAGAAAUCAUAUUUGACAAAGGUAAUGGGAAGAAAAUUGAGCUUUUUCCCAUCGAGAAACUUCAGUCUGUAUCUUUCCAGACAGAACAAAUGUGUUUCUUUUCAUUCAGCCGUUCUUAAAUAUACCUUAGAAAAGUCUUGUCACUUAAAAUAUUUAUGCUCAGAAUAUACUUAGAUUGAUAGGAAAGGAUUAAUAAAGGAGUUCAUAUAAAGGAAAUGACUGUAUUAAACCCAGUAAAUGGUUGAAGAUGUUAAGGGUCAAUAUGUUCUAAUUAAGAAUCUAAAUAUGACUUACAUUUCCUAUUUGAGAGUAUUUGUCAGAAAGAAUGAAGUACAGUGAUAAUUAUAUAUUCCCACCUGGUCAGACUGGACUAGCUUCGUUUUCUUAACAUAUUCAAUAGUGACUCAAGCGUCUGUCUGUUAACAUACCCUAGUUGCCAUUUUUUAAUUGCCAUGAGCCAAAUAUUUUUUCUAUGAUUGAUCCACUUAUUUUAAUGACUGCCUUUUAAUUUUUAUCUUUUCUUGCUGCUAUCCAUCUGUGUAGUCAUCAGGGGUAUAGCCAUUUUUUUUGGGGGGAAGGGUAGAUAAACUGUUAAAAGUGAACAUUUCUAAUGUUUUUUAAUUGAUGAAAGAAACUAGCCUGGAAUAGUGCCACCAGAGACUGAGUAAAAAUUGCCUUUUUUGAAGGUGCCAUUCUUGUGAGCCAAGAAUUUGGUAUUAGAAAGUUCAUCUUGACGGAAUAACGUGUAAUAAUUUGAAAUAAAGGUAAAAUAACAGAAGAGCAUAACUGGUACCAUUGUGAAUGGGGUGAAUUUCUUAAAUGAAUAACUUUAAUAAAGUUUUCAUGCAUAGGCAAAAUGUAUUUAGUAGAGUUCUGCAUAGUAGUCCGCUUUUACUUUGUAAUUUGUAGUCCUCAAAAGACUUUUUUUAAAAUAAAAUCCAUCCUUACACUUAGGUCUUAUAGAUCAGCCUUUUUUUUUUUUGUAAGUUCCAUACAAAUACCUAGAUAUUGUAUGUUGUCCAUUCAGAUGUCUUUACUGCUUAAGCAUUUAAUAAUAAUUACUUCUAUCUUUACAACUCUCAAACUGUAAACAUCUACACAGAAUUCUGAUGUAGCUGAAACUACAUUGACAUCUCUACCACCAGGUCAUUGCAUGUUACUGCCGUACAAAGUGUACCCUGUUUUAUUAUAUACUGUGUAUAGUGAAAUUGUAUGUAGUCUUCAGGAACUACAUGAUGAUCUUUGAUCAUAGUUUUUUUUUUUUCUUCAUAAUGACACAACAGUGUUUACCUAAUAUAAUAUUACAGUAAAUGGAUAAGUCAUCUGUGACAGUAUAGUAUGAAGAAAGGGAAUGCUUUAUAAAAAAGACUGCAGAUUUUCAUUUUGAAUUUCAAGUGGUAAUUUUAGAACUCAGCUGCCAGUUUUAGCCUAUGGCCUCAAAUAUGUAAUUCUGAAUAUAGAUAUUAAAAUUGUGUUUUUAAUUUUGAUUGGAUAAAUGUUAAUUGAUUUUCCUAACUUGGUGUCUGCUUCUCAGGUUGUCUCCUUUUGGAUACUAUUGAUUGUGUGUUUAGAGCUGAUCAUAAAUUUCUUAAUCCUACUCUGGGAGUGCUGUCCUAGAGAUCUUCUGUUCUUUAAAAAUUUCCAGAUGCCAAAAAUGCCACAGGAUAUUUUGACAUAGCAUGAUGAUGGUGAGGGGAAAUGCAUGUGACCAAGAGAAUAACUUCUAAUUCAGUGUUUCUCAAGCUUUGUGCCAUUAUCAGCAAUGCCCCACCCCAAGAAGCCUUUUUAAUCUUUUUUUUCCCGUAUAGCACUCCAAUAAAUUUAAUACCACA